AGAAUAUAUAAUCCAGUAUCAGCUGUUUACACGCUAGAAUAAUUUUUGUAAUCAUUGAGGCGCGACAACGAACACCAACAGAAAAUUUUACAAAAUCGUUGGCGGAAAAACGAAAACCAGGAUAACACAUAUUAGCAGCACAUAAUUAUGGACACUACAAUAUGGGAAGGUAUGCAGAAGCAACAAUUAGAUGGUGGAUUACUACUGACAUCAUGUGGUGCGGAACUGCAAGAAUUAAUGCGGCAAAUUGAUAUCAUGGUCCGACAUAAGAAAAUGGAAUGGGAAGGGGAACUAGCAGCUGUACAGGACAAACUGGAAGUUCGUGAACAAGAACUCGGUCACACUAAAUCUAUGUUAAAUCAAAAACAUCAGGAAGUAGGGAUGUUAAAACACAAAUUAAAUGGGUUUGAUGGUAGCCAACGAAACGUGGUAAAACAAUACGAAUCCCAGUUAUCGUAUCUUCGCAACGAAUUACUACAAUUGAAAUCGACGUACUCAAAAAUGCAGAAACAUUAUGCAAAACAAGGAAAGAUAAGUGAGCGAGAGCAAACACUUCAAAAAGAACUUGAAAAAACUCGUGCCGAACUUGACUCAAAAGUUCAACAAGAGACAGAGUUUGUGAAAGAGAAAGGAGCAUUUGAAGUUAAACUGCGAGCAUUGCAACACCAAAUCGAAUGCCUAGAAGCACAAAGGAAAUCAUUUGCUGAAAAGAGUGAGAGAAUUCAACAGCAGGUUUAUACGUACCAAGCCCGUUUGAAGCGUAGCAAUCAAAUGAUCGAAGAGGUCGAGUCUACGAGUCAAAAUCUGGUUAAGAAACUUGAAUCCGAACUGAUCAAUGAUAAAGAAUUGAUCCAAACUCAAGAAAAUUUGAUCAAAGAAUUGCAGAAUAAAACAAGAGAACUGGAUGAUUUAAGGAAGGGAACAGUGAAAGAGAAAUACAUGUUACAGGAGGAACUCGAUAAAGCGACCUGUCGAGCCAGAGUUUUCGAAGAAGAGGGCCGAGAAUUAACAUCAACUUUAAAAGCAAGAGAAUCAGCCAUGCGUGACUCUGAAAUAGAAAUCGCAGAGCUCAAAAAUAGAGUUUCAGAUCUCGAGAACAUGCUCAGAACGAAACAAAAACUUAUUGAAUCAUUGCAGACGAGAUCGCCACUAAAAAGUCGAGAGGAUGAAAUGCAACGUAACGUCGCACAUUUGGAAUCUCUCGUCUCGACUUAUAGGAACUCAGAAUCUAGUCUAAGGGAGGAAAACCGGAACCUACAAAAAGAAGUUGAAAAUUUAAGACAAGAAAUCAAUAAUUUGAAAGAUGCUUUGAAAAAUACAGAAGAGGCAAAAGUCACUAAUCUGAACGUCGAAAUUCGUCGCUUGCGAAAUAAAGUCGAGGAGAUGGAAGCGUCACACUCCACUAAGCUUUGCAGUAUGAAAGCAGAGGUCACAACCAUAGCAUCUCAUUUGCAUAAUCGAGACGUAAAUAUUGCACAACUCGGACAAACAUGUGGCGAUAUGGAAAAGCAGCUACGAGAAGAAUGCCAACGACGAGACCAACUUGCAACGGAGUUACAAAUGACUGCGGCUCAAUUAGAAAAUUUGAGAGAUCAGCAGACCGUGACGUCACAAAUUGUGAGAGAAAAGAAAGCUACGGAUCAGUCGCUCCUUGAAGCGGAAAUUGAUCUCACAUCUUUGAAAGAAAAUUACACAAAAGCUGUCGGGAAACUGGAAGAGGAAAAUAUAAUGUUGCAGAAAAAGGUUUCUAGUCUCAAAGACCAAAUGUUAGUCAAGGAGCAAAUGGGCCAGGAUGAAUAUUCCUCUGCUCUCUCUCAUACUAGGGAUGUUAUCAACGGCAUACGAGGGCAGGAAGACUCUCGGAUUAAGAAGAUCUGCGAUGAUUAUGAAAAGAAAAUUGAGAGUUUGAAUUCUAGGUUGCAAGAGAUGUCAUCAAAAACUUCUGGCAAGAAACAUUCUGUGGUAACUGAUGGAGUUCUGAGUGACCCUGCUGAUGAUAAUAUACCCAGUCUUCAAAUUAAGAUUUCUGCAACAUCUAACGGCACAAGUCAACCUAGCACAGUCGUUCCACCAUCAGUUUCAUCUUCAAAAUCUAGCAACAGUGAAGCUGUGAAAGACUUCCUGGAGGAAAUAGGGUCACUGAGGUCACGAACUCCGACCCCUACACGACAAUUCUUAAAAUCAAUUGGAAUUGCUCCUUCUACAGUAACCGAAACGUCGCCGAAUAAUUCAAUUUUUUCAACUGACAUGGACGGUAGUAUUGAUGAAAGAGAAUUGAAUGCGAUACUUGGUCUACAGCAAGAAGAUAUUGGCAACAAUAAUAAAAUGUCCAAAAAUGACGGUUUACAGGAUUUCCUGAAAGAUGAAGAACUGCGAUCCAAAGAAUUGGAAUCAAGAAUUGAUAAACACAUUGAAAAUAUGAAAGAGGCAAUGGCAGCCACAGUGAACAAAUACCUAGCUCCGGUUUAAAUUGAGAGAGAGAGAGAGAGAGAUGUUUCCACAAGCACUUUCAACAUUGAAAAAUAUUAUAAAACAAUAUUGGGAGUAGUAGCUUCUCAAAAUUUAUCAGAUUUUAGUGGCUGCUUGAGCUUGCUUGACCUUCAAAGGUCAUCGGUGCCCCUGACAAAUUCGUUUUCACAAUAUAAAUAUAAAAAAUAUUGAAAAAUAAGAAAAUGACUUCGCUGGCAUACCUAAUUUACAGGGUGUCCAUAAAGUCUCAUUAUAAUGUUGUUAUAAUGUCAGUUCUCAAAAUAUCUUAAUUAACCAGGUUUGUUGUUUUUUAAAUUAGUAAUUGUUUAAGUAUGUUUACUUCAUUUAAUACAU